AUGAGGGUAAACAUUGCACAACCCACCCCUCUUUCUCCUCCUUCCCCUCCUCACAAUGCAUCCUCAUCUUCCUUCUACCCCACCACCAAGCUCCGCCUCCACCGCUCUCCUUCCGCCACCAUCCUUACCACCACUCUCGCCACAACCUCAACCACCCUUUGUCGCUCCAAAUCAACGGACCUAAACCUCCGUAGAUCUUGCAGUGCAAGCUUUGAAGGUAAUGAUUUCCCUCACCAUCAAGAUUUUACCCCAAAACAAACCAACUCUCAUAAUAAGAAGCUCAAAUUUCCUAGCUUCCACCGUAACACCACCACUACGACUACCACCGCGAUGCCAUCGUUUCGGCAUUCGGAUUCUCAGGUGGAUGUUCUAGAACCUUCCUUGUUGGGCAUCCGCCCCGACCCACCAGAUUGGCCUGCGAGGGAUGCGGUGAUUCGCGAUUGCAUUGCGCGACGAGCGAGCAGCAUUGAGCUGCCUCUCUCUCUUAGGAUGCUUAAAAUGAAGCAGAAAUUCCAACGAUUAGAGGAGGAGAGAGAAAUUGGGGAUCUAGAGGAAUAUAUAAAAGAUAAUCCCAUCAAUAAUUUAUGUUGUUCGACUUUGUAUAUUAUCAAAGAGGUUCAAACCCAUGCUUUGAGAAGCAGGGGAUUGGUUUUAGAUGAGGAAUUAGAUAAUGGAGUUUUGAGCAAGAUUCAAAGGGAGAUGACAUCUUCUUUUAUUUGGUUGUUUAGGGAAGUUUUUGCCAAAACCCCUGAUUUGAUGGUAGAAAUUAUGCUACUAACCUCGAAUUUCGCCGCCGUUUCGCUUGAAUCAUUACUUCCUUUUGAAAAUACCCAGGAAGUUUUAGAGCAAAACUCAAGAAAUUGGGGAGUUGGGCAAUUGGAAAUAGAAAAACCAGGGGUGGAAUUGGAGGAGAAAGAAAAGGGUUUGUGGGAUUCAAUGGUAGAAGAAGCUAAUGAGAUUGGAGGUUAUGUGAAGAAUGAAAGGUUAGGAUUUGUUGUAGUUGAUCAUGAUUAUGUUAAAGAUCGUGAUAUUGAUAGUAAGAUUGAGUUUGUUUCACCAGUAGGAGUUGAGGUUGAAAGAGAUGAUUAUGAAGAGUAUUAUAGGACAGAUCUUCUUUACCAGAUGGGGUUGUUUAAGGAGCCUAGUAACACUCUUUUGCUCUCAAAUUAUGCACAGUUUCUCUGCCUUGUUUCCCGGGAUUAUGACAGGGCCGAGGAGUGUUUCAAGCGAGCAAUACAAUUGGAUCCAACGGACGCAGAGGUAAUGACACAAUAUGCAAAUUUCUUAUGGGUGGUGAGAAAAGACCUAUGGGGAGCUGAAGAAAGAUUUCAACAGGCAACAGCGGCUGAACCAGACAACUCAUAUCAUGCAUCAAAGUAUGCAAAUUUCUUAUGGAGCACGGGUGGUGAAGAUACAUGUUACCCUCUUGAUCCUCCCUGUGCAAUGAGCUAACGGGAAAGAGAAGAGAUGUUAUGUGAAUAAUAGUCAAAAUUGUUCUUGGUUUAAAUGUACCAUAUCCAUACAAUAGAUUAAUUAUCAGGGUAACAUAAUAAGGGCAUAUUAAUAGUACCAUUGUCAAUUUCUGAGGAUUCCUAGUUUCGAGCCACUGGGUAUCUUUUUUGUAAGUCUCCUGGUCAUAUGAUCACGGCUUUUGGUACCUCUGUAUGUUGUGCAACUAAUAUAUAAUUGUACAGUUGUAAAGCUCAGUAA